AUGGACGAAGAAUUCGCUAACGAGAUGCCGCCUCACCGCCCCUAUGACCAUAAGAUACCGCUUAAGGAAGGGAAAGAGCCCCCUUUUGGGCCACUUUAUGGUAUGUCCCGCGAGGAACUCAUUGUGCUGAAACAAUACAUACGGGACAACCUCCAAAAGGGGUUCAUUCAGGCCAGCUCUUUGCCUGCCAGUACCCCUGUCCUAUUUGUUAAAAAGGGCGAUGGAACACUCCGCCUCUGUGUCGAUUAUCGUGGCCUCAACGAACUUACUGUCAAAAACCGCUACCCGCUGCCACUCAUCCGGGAAACUCUCGACCGCCUUUCCAAAGCCAAGUGGUACAACCAUAUCCGAAUGGCUGAGGGUGAAGAAUGGAAAACAGCCUUCCGAACGCGUUACGGACAUUUCGAAUAUACGGUGAUACCCUUCGGCCUUACCAAUGCACCAGCCACCUUUCAACAUUUCAUCAAUGAUUGUGUCCGCGACUACCUUGAUAUGUUCUGUACAGCCUACCUUGACGAUAUUAUCAUUUACAGCGACACCUUCGAGGAACAUCAAGUACACGUCGAAAAGGUCCUGGAAGCCCUGCAAAGAAAUGGAGUACUGCUGAAACCGGAGAAAUGCGAAUUUCGUACACAAAGCACCACUUAUCUCGGCCUUAUUAUCGAACCCAAUGGUAUUAAAAUGGACCCAAGGAAAGUGGAGACGGUGAAGAAUUGGACCGUCCCCAAAACAGUUAAGGAUACACCCGAAGCCCAAACCGCCUUCAACGCCCUGAAAGAAGCCUUCACCACGGCUCCCAUUCUUACUCAUUUUGACCCGGAGAAAGAAAUUACUGUGGAAACCGACGCAUCUGACUAUGUCUCUGCCGGUGUACUCUCCCAAUACGAUGACAAUGGUAUCCUUCGACCUGUCGCAUACUUCUCAAAAAAGCAUUCCCCCGCCGAAUGCAACUAUGAGAUUUACGACAAGGAAUUACUGGCAAUUAUUCGGUCUUUUGAGGAGUGGCGACUGGAACUUGAAGGGGCUGCACACCCAAUCACCGUCAUAUCCGAUUAUAAGAAUCUCGAAUACUUUAUGAGUACGAAACAACUCAACCGGAGACAAGCACGGUGGGCAGAAUAUCUGUCACGGUUUAAUUUUGUCAUUAAGUACCGACCAGGGAAACAAGGAGGGAAACCGGACGCGUUGACAAGAAGAUCAGGAAAUCUCCCUGGAGAGGAGGAUGAAAGACAAUUGCAUCAGAGUCAAGUUGUAUUGAAGAAGGAGAAUCUUGAUGCAAAGCUAAAUUUGUUGGCGGGUUCUUUCUCAAACGAGCCCGCUGAAAAGAACGCUUCACUGCAUAUACUAUUAGAUGAAGGAUAUAAUGCUGACCCGUUUCCACAAAAGGUACUGGAUAUGCGGAACAAAGGUGAACGACAAUCAAAGGACAUAUCACUCGCCGAAUGCACCGAGAUUGAAGGCCGAUUGCUUUACCGAGGCAGCAUAUAUGUCCCUGAUUACGACCCUCUUAAGCUUCGAAUCCUCCAACUUAACCAUGAUGCUGCCUUUGCUGGACACCCGGGAUGCGAUAAAACAUUCGAACUCAUCAGUCGAGAAUACUACUGGCCCCUUAUUCGGAAUUAUAUUGCCCGCUACCUUCGGAACUGCGACACCUGUCAACGAAGCAAGUCCAAUACCCAUGGAAAACUCGGCGUACUUCGAUCUUUACCGAUUCCCGAACAACCAUGGCAGGAGGUAUCAAUGGACUUCGUUACUGGCCUACCGGAGAGUGAAGGGUACGAUGCAAUUAUGGUAGUUGUUGACCGGUUAACAAAGAUUCGACAUCUCCUGCCCUGUAAUACUACUGUCAACUCCGAAGACGUCGCCCAACUAUACCUGCGAAACAUAUGGAAGCUCCAUGGGCUACUCACACACGUUACCUCCGACCGUGGUACGCAAUUUACAGCCAAGUUUUGGAAGGCUCUUUGUAAACAUCUCGACAUCGAAGCAAGGAUGUCUACCGCCUUCCACCCGGAGACCGACAGCCAAACCGAAAGGCUGAAUGCUGUAAUGGAGCAAUAUCUAUGUGGGUAUGUCUCUUAUCAACAGGACGAUUGGGUAAAAUGGCUUCCUAUGGCAGAAUUCUCCGCCAACAAUCAGGUCUCCGCAUCCACUAAAGCUACACCAUUCUUCGCGAACUAUGGUUUCCACCCCCGGUUCACAGUGACGAUUAAAUCGCUUGACAGGACCCCACCAAGUCUCAAUGCUAAAGACUUCGCCUCGAAGAUGAAAGAACUCCACGAAUACCUAUCUUUCAACAUCCGCACAGUGCAAGAUCAACAAGAGCUGGCCGUCAAUACCAAACGAACGCCGGCUCGACGGUACGAUAUCGGCGAUAUGGUGUUUGUUUCAGCAAAAAACAUCCGAACUACGCGUAACUCCCGGAAGAUGGACUGGAAGAAACUGGGACCGUUCCCCGUUAAAGAAAUCAUAUCGCCAUAUGCAUAUCGAGUCGACCUGCCUAGGAGUAUGAAGAUGCACCCCGUCUUCCAUGUAUCAUUGCUAGACCCCGCUGCAAAUGAUCCUGUCCCGGGGCAAAUUCACCCACCACCCCCACCUAUUAUCGUCGAGCAGGAAGAAGAGUAUGCAGUUGAGGAAAUCUUGGACUCCUGGGAACCCGCCGAAUACUACGAUAAUACCGCCGCCGUUGAUAUCUUCCACACGUGUUACCCCGACAAACCUGGACUGUUGGAAGGAAAGAUUAAGGUUAAAGCUCGCAGGAGCUCACGCUUGAAGGGAGGGGCUACUUUCAUGGAUCGACUAGUGAAUAUACGGGGUUACGAAGAGUCGGAUUAG